GGAGAGGAAACAUUUUACAAUCUUUUCGUUAUGUACACUAUGUUUUUUUCUAUGCUCAAUAUGUAUCUUUUUUUUAUUUUAUUUUAAACAAACGUUGCCAGUUUUCCCGUUCCCUCUCUUAAUCCUUCCCUUCCUUUCCCUCCCCUCCCCCUCUUCCUUUCCUGGCCAUUUCUUCCCUUUUUUUUUAUUCCCCUGUUCUUUUUUUCUUUGUUCAUACUUUUUGGCUUCCCGACCACGGCGAUAUGUUAUGGACCCCAUGGCCGACGUCUGUCCCUACCAUCCUCUUCGUGUGCGCUUUGCUAGCUUGGUGGUUUAUUGAGCCUAAAACGACACAUUUGAACUUCAUCGUUGUUGUCGGCUGUGUCCUCUUUUACUGGGCUGUAGCUCCCGAAUUAGCUCAGGCGACACCAUACCAAAUCUACCAAUUCUCCGUACAUGCUGCUAAAAUAUUACGACUCGACGCCUUAGUUUUAUAUCAUGCCAAUAUGCUCGUCACCGGCCUUGCUGUUGUCUGGUUAGCCCACCGAGCCGUACAAACGUUGAGGAAGUCUGUCAAUGAACUUAUCGGUGUUCUUGGCGUCGAAGUACCCGAUGCUCCCGAUGUCUCUCUUGCCGGUAUUCGUGCCGAUGCCGCUACCCUAAACUGGACACGCCCCCUACCAACCCGACCUGUCGCGAGAUUUACCAUACAAGUUAAUGGCGUUAAUGUUGGCGAUUCGGCGAACCAGGAGACAGCUAUUACCGUGACCGGCCUAAAGCCAAAUCAUUUUUAUAACAUUCGAGUUAUCGCAGUCGGAUACAAUAACUUCCAGGCAGGUAGUCGUGUCAUACGCCUACGAACAUAUGCCCGAGAUGGCCGUCCCCAGCUUGGCGAUAGCCGCCUGCCAUCCAACUUCGUACCGGAGGAGCAGCAACUUGCCCUACCUAGUAACCAUGGGGAUGAAGAUGGAGGGUCCAGGAGCUCGGCUGCUGGGGUUGAGACCGCUACGAUCCCCGAGAGCUCCGGGGUAUCAGCACGCGAAGUUAGCAUUACUGGCCCCAGACGGAACACUCUGACGCGGAAGCAUUCACCCUCGACGACAAGUAUGGAUCAGUCAGUGAAGGAUGCAUUAAGCAAAGACUCGGAGGAAUCGUUACAGGAGCUAGGGGAGAAAUUCGAGAGUAUCCGGAGAGAGAUAGAUGAUAUGCAGGCGCAAAUCUCUAGGGAUGAAAAGGAGCACAAAGAGUUGAUGGCCGAGUUAGCAGAGGAAAAAAAGACGAAGAGGCGCAUACAGAAGGAAAAGGACGACACUACAGAAAAGCUGAAGAGGGAAAUGGGCUCAACGGAAAGAGCUAUGAGGAGCGCGCAACAGCGGAAGACGCAAAAAGAAAAGUUAUUAAGGGAAAAGCAAGCGGAGCGACAAAAGCUACGAGACGAUAUGGCAAAGUGGGAGAAAGAUAUGGCGUCAAUGCUAAAGCGCCAAAAUGGUUUCGAGAAAGACAAGAAUUCUUGCCAAAAGAGUGCCGAUGCCCGAGCCGAGGAACUGCGUAGUGAGAUUGCCCUGGCGCAGGCAAGUCUAGCACAGGAGGAGAUGGAACUCAAGGAGAAGAGUAAAGAGCUCAAAGACGCCGAGGAGCAACGCAAGAAACUACCUGGCGGGGAGGAAAGCGAAGAAUGGCGCGAGAUGGAUCGUCAGAUCAAGAGAGAUUGGGAUAUCAGGGCUAGGGACCUGCAGCGACGUCUCUUUUCCGCCAACAGAAAACUACGGAUGGUGAGCGACUACGAAACUGUGUUACAGGCCCAACUAGCGACUACACAACAAUCGGGUCUCUUCAUGUACAAUCAGGCGAACUCAUCGGGGGUCGAUUUUGAUGUCGGGGCGCAAAACCAGCUCAAGCGACGGAGUAGAAACAGCAAUUCUCUUUCUAACGUGGUUAUUCCAUCGCCGGUACAGUCAUACUCAAUAGCCGACCGAUCCUAUGGCCCUUCAGCAGCAUUUGGCCCCCCUCGUCCUCCUACUAUUCCUCCUGGCUUCGUCCCAGGGCCUUUUAUGGAACACAACCCUGAUUUUGCCAGCUUGCUUGAGGACGAUGGCAUGCGACACCCUAGCGUCGGUGCACCACUUAGUCCUACGGCAACAUCUCUUUUACCUGCCGGAAUGCUUGAUGAUCUUCUAGAUGAUGAGCCACCUAGUCCUGGCUCUCGACGAGCUCGUCACAAUACUUUCGGGUCCGCCUUUUCUCCUGAAAACGAUCCUCAGUCACCAGCGUCUUCGGCUCGAUCUAUUAGUAUUUUUUCCAGCCCACAAAACUCGUCCCAACACUUACCAUUCUCGCAAUAUACUGGAGAAAAUAGUGAACGUCGUUCACUCAAGGGGCUUAGAGGAGAUCUUGCAUCAUCCCCAAUUGCGCCGCAGAAUCAAGGUACCAGUAGACGAAGCUUCUUGCCAUGGCUUCAUCGUGCCCCUAAAGCUGUUGAUGAACCUCCAGCUCUAGGGUCACUAAAAUCUAGUCAAAGUCAAUCUUUGCCUCGCCAGGCCGAAGACGGAGACCUUGGUUCAAAUAAGCGUCGAAUCAGUUUCUCGAGCAAUUGGAACGUGUUCAACCGCAAUUCUGCAGGCCCAGAAAUCCUAGAUGCCGGCAGUCCUAACGCUAGAGGUCUACCUUCACGUAGGCUAGGUCUUGUUACAAACGCCAACAGUAUGGGUAGCAACAUCUUCUCCGAGCGCGACCCAAGCAGUCCCAGACCUGUUUCUAUUGCAUCCUCCGAAUUACCCCGUCCCUCUACCGAGAGUGGCUCCAUCUGGGCUCGAGCACCGCCGCCGCCUGGCCGAAUUUGGUCUGCAGAUGAAAACCCUUGGGCGCCAUCGCGAAAUCCGUCUAGGCGACCUUCCAUUCACGGCUCGCCCUCGGCAUUGAAGACUACACUGGCUGACGCCGAUGACGAAAUUCUAGACGACUCCGAGUUGCUACACGCAUCGCCUAGUCAGGUUGGUGUUAUUGGGACCAAGCCUUCAUCCAAGACGCUCAGUCAACGCCUCAAUCCUGCUGCCCCUAGUUUCAUGGCAGGACUGUUUCGUACCAAACUCGAGAAGGAGGCGGACAGAGAGCAGAGGGAUAUCAGAGAUAAAAGUAGAAACAAAGGCAAAGAUAAAGAGAAGAAACCGCGAGUUUCUCUUUCAUCCGUUUCGGAGACGGCAGCUCCUUCUACGGAAGAGUCGCCGUUGGAGCAUCGCAAGUCUCGGGACAUAUAUUCCAUCGGCACACCGUCGCUCACCGAGUCGCGCGAAUCGCUUGCUCUAGAUCAGUCCGUCUCCAAUACACCGUCAGACCAGGCAACGCCAGGUAUUGGAAGCAAGGAACAGGAGAGCGGUCUCCGCAAACUACUACGCAAGGGGAGCUCUUCCAAGUUCAGCUUUACUUCUGUUCGGGGUCUCGGGGGGAAGAAAGGACCAGGCAGCGUUACGAACUCUGACAAGAACGCGUCUGUUGAACGUAGCAGUUUCGACGAGUACGCAGAGGACAGCAACGGUGGUGGCGGUGGCCUCGCACUGGGCCGUAGUUAUGAAAGCCUACACAGUAGUCCGUCUUUAGGCCCCACGAGCGCAGCUAGAAGUGCCAAGGACAAGUCGGUCAGCUGGGGCUCUAGGUUCGCGAUAAAGAAGAAGGUCGGAAAAGAAAAGGAAAGCUUAGACCUGGAGAGGGAAGAGUCAACAGCUAGCACGGCUACGUUUGAGGAAAAGUAAGUGAAGCUUGAGCGAAAGCAACUACAUAUAACGCGUACAUAUAGUAGCACAUAAGUAGCGAAAGCGUAAGCAGGUAUUAGGCAGUGUAGUACCUAUUCAAUAUGAAUAGGAGCGACAUUCUAUCUCGAUAACAAUUUACCUAUUAUCUAGACUAAAAGGGGGUUUUAUAUGGAAUACCUGCAUAGUUGUAGUCUAGUUCAAGAUUAUACAGUAUUAGAAUUCCCCCG